UUUUCCCUCCUUCUCCUGUCUCCCUCUCUGUCGCCCCACGGGCAUUGCAAACGCGUGCAUCCGUACGUGCAUUAAACAGUGCGUAGUUGGGAAUUAGUAGUUGGGAACGUAUUUGUUUUUCUACGGGGCGGUGUGACUCCCGUGUUGUCGAUCUAUGCGCAAUUCCUCGGGAACGUCGCCACCGCCGCCUUGUAAUCCAGGAUCGUCGUGUACCGAUGUUUUAACUGGAUUAUGCACCAGCUUUCAUCAAAUAUCCUUGCUGCCUUUCAGUUUGUAAAUGCUAAAACAUGCCGCCCAAGCAGAGGAAAAUAGCUAUUAUGGGCUACAGAUCUGUAGGUAAAUCCUCUCUUAGCAUACAGUUUGUGGAAGGACAAUUUGUGGACUCGUAUGACCCUACAAUAGAAAAUACAUUUACAAAAAGUACACGAGUAAAUAGUCAAGACUAUGAACUUAAGUUAGUAGACACAGCUGGUCAAGAUGAAUAUAGUAUAUUUCCCACUCAGUAUUCAAUGGACAUCCAUGGCUAUGUCCUGGUAUAUAGCAUAACCAGUGCAAAGAGUUUUGAAAUUGUACAAAUUAUUUAUGACAAGCUUCUCGACAUCACUGGAAAGCUACAUGUCCCAAUUGUACUAGUGGGCAACAAAACAGAUCUAUACGUAGAUCGUAUGAUCACGACAGAUCAAGGAAAGCGCUUAGCAAAUUCCUGGAAUGCGGCGUUUCUUGAAACCAGUGCGAAGCAAAAUGAGUCUGUUGCAGAUAUUUUUCACACGUUACUGAUCGAGAUCGAGAAAGCUAAUGGAAAUGUACAAGAAAAGUCGAAUUGUGUUAUUUGCUAAGUUGGUUGGGUCUAUGUCAUUUAACGAAAAUGUAAAUGUAUAAAAUUGGGUAAAUGCAUUGGCAUUAUUUCUGGCAUAUUUACAAUUGCACUGAAACAAAUACAAUGGUGUCAAAAACGUAAAGGAAAAAGCGCGUGUAAAACAUCUCAUUACAUUUCAUUUCGUCACACAAAAUACUAUGAAUAAUUGAGAUCCGGAUACACAUGACAAAAAUAAUAUUUACACAUCUAACUAUUGCGAUAUACAAUUAUUAUUUUUAUGGAAUAAUCGAUACCUACUUACGUUCCGAUUUUAUAUUCUGCUUUUAUAAUUAAGCCUUAAGUACUCGUGCGAGUAGAGAUACGUGUUAGCAAGAUGAAUUAUUCCUUCCUAUUCAGCAGACUUAAAGUUAAACUUUUAAAGCUUAUUUGUAAAAUUGAUCCAAUACGAGUACUUGAGAAUUAAAGUUACACAAUGCAAUAGAUUGCUAUUUUUAUUUACAUCUAAUUGUAUUCAAGGUGUUUCAAAGUGUGGCUAGAUUUAGAAUUUAUCGUUAAGAUACAUCACUAAUUAUAAAUUAAUUUUAGUUUCCUAAAAAAGUCCUUUCUCGUUUUAGUAUGUACAGAUAUUUACGCAUAAAACGUAUAUAGAGAAUCUAGGAAUAACUAAAAGAUCUACAUUACACAGAGUAGUUCUUUGAUAUGCAAAGAUAUGUGAUUAUAUACAAUAUAUAUAUAAAA